AUGGAUUCUGAAUAUAAACUAUCGCACAAAGCCAAAAAACGUAUAAAGGAAGUUAAAAGAAAAGCCCGACCAGAGUUGGCUGAUAAAUACCAAUGGAUAGCUUUAAAGUAUGCUAGUAAUUUUGAAGAAUUUAUAAAAUGUAAAGACAAUGUUGAUAGAAUAGAUGAGCAUGAAGUAAGUCCAGAAGAGUUUAUAGAGAAAUAUGAAAAAAUCUACAAGCCUGUGGUAAUAACAAAUACACAGGUUAACUGGAGAGCUAACCAUAAAUGGACUCAAGAAAGAUUAGCCAAAAAAUAUCGUAACCAAAAAUUUAAGUGUGGUGAAGAUAAUGAAGGGUAUAGUGUUAAGAUGAAAAUGAAGUAUUAUGUAGAAUAUAUGCGGACAACGACUGAUGAUAGUCCACUUUAUAUUUUUGAUAGUAGUUUUGGUGAGCAUCCAAGAAGAAAGAAGCUCUUGGAUGAUUAUGAAGUACCUACAUACUUUAGGGACGACUUGUUUAAAUAUUGUGGAGAGGAAAGAAGACCACCUUAUAGGUGGUUUGUGAUGGGACCACAACGGUCUGGUACUGGAAUACAUAUAGAUCCAUUAGGCACAAGUGCUUGGAAUGCUUUAGUGUUUGGACAUAAAAGAUGGUGCUUAUUCCCCACACAGACACCAAGAGAACUGAUCAAAGUGACUGGUGCAAUGGGUGGGAAACAAAGAGAUGAAGCUAUAACAUGGUUUAAGCUAAUUUAUCCUAAAACUCAAAUGGAGUCUUGGCCUGAAGAGUAUAAGCCUGUUGAAAUACUUCAAAAACCUGGUGAAACAGUAUUUGUUCCUGGAGGUUGGUGGCAUGUUGUUCUAAACCUUGACGACACAGUUGCAGUGACACAAAAUUUCUGUAGUCGCACUAACUUCCCCGUUGUUUGGCAUAAGACAGUGCGAGGUCGCCCUAAACUAUCCAAGAAGUGGGUUAAAGUUUUAGAAUCCAAAGAGCCAGAUCUAUACAAAGUGGCAAGUAGCAUGGACUUGAGUCAAGGCACUGGAGUGGCAUCAGACAGUUCGUCUAAUAGCAGUUCAUCUAGCAGUGACAGUGAUAGUAGCUCUUCAGGAAGUUCCAGUGAAGAAGAUAGUGGACAAGAAAGCAUCACUGCACACAAAAAAAAGAGAAAACGGAAAGCU